GUAACCUCACCUCCCACCUCGAAACCCGGAGCCCAAAUUACACGGAAAAACGUUAAAAACGGUGGGUGCCGUCCCCGAGCGGGACGCGUACCAUCAGCCUCCUCCUCCGCCUCUUUCACUCCCCUCCCCCCUCUUCCAAUCCAUCCCCGUCUCCCCUCUCAUAAUUUCUUUCCCAAUCCCUAGAUCUUUGAUCCCUCCCUCACCAAAGAACCAUCGUUUAGGCUCCAUCAUGGGCUCGGAGAUCCUUCCCUGCUCCGCCGCCGUCGCGGAUCUCGCCGGCGAAGGGCCCCCGUCAUUCAGGAUCUUUAUAGGGUACGACCCUCGGGAGGACGCGGCCUUCGAGGUGUGCCGCCACUCCCUCCUGAAGCGCUCCUCGGUUCCGCUCGAGAUCCACCCCAUCAAGCAGUCGGAGCUCCGGGCUGCCGGGCUCUUCUGGCGCGAGCGCGGCCCCACCGAGAGCACCGAGUUCUCCUUCACCCGUUUCCUCACCCCCCACCUCGCCGGAUUCCAGGGGUGGGCCAUGUUCGUCGACUGCGACUUCCUCUACCUUGCCGACAUCAAGGAAUUGAUCGCCCUGAUCGACGACAGGUACGCGAUCAUGUGCGUCCAUCAUGAGUACGCCCCCAAGGAGACGACCAAGAUGGACGGCGCCGUCCAGACGGUGUACCCGCGCAAGAACUGGUCGUCCAUGGUGCUUUACAACUGCGGCCACCCCAAGAACCGGGCGGCGCUCACCCCGGAGGCCGUCAGCACCCAAACCGGGGCCUUCCUCCACCGCUUCACGUGGCUCGACGACGCCGAGAUCGGCGAGAUCCCCUUCGUCUGGAACUUCCUCGUCGGCCACAACAACGUCGAUCCCAACGACCCCACCACGUUCCCGAAGGCGAUCCAUUACACCACGGGCGGGCCGUGGUUUGAGAGGUACAAGGAUUGCGAGUUCGCCGAGCUCUGGCUCCAGGAGCUGGAGGAGUUGAACAAGGAAAAUACGAAAAUAGCCGCUGCUUAGGUGACAAUGAUUAACAUUGCACAGGAUAAGUAGCAAGAUUAAGAUUCCUGCUAAUUAGCAUUCUACUAUUCUUUUUGUUGUGAAAUGUUUUUCCUAUGGUUGUUUGGUGCAUUCUGGAUCAUGAUACGGAAGCAGUAGAUUGAUGUUUUCUGUUCUCUAAUAAGUGAAUUGAAAUGGGAAAUGUGGCUUAUUUUGGCUUGUAAAGUUUAAUGGGUGCUUCCCAUUGAUUUCGAUUCGUGUGUUUUGAUGCCGUUUAUUGUUCUUUAAUUCAAUAAGGUGCAAUUUUGCUUAGUAACUGA